AUGCCGAAAGAAGGGUAUCGAAACUCAGAAGGGAAACCUAGCAAAGACACAGAUAACGCCUCUAUAACGGAAGCGCAUAUUUCCAAAUACUUAGAAGAGCACUAUGGUCUAACCCCACCCACUGCUAAUUUUACUAUGCAAUCUCCCUUCACCCAAGGUCUCCUACACAAGUCAAUGUCGAUAAACUAUAAGCAACCUAAGUUUCAGCUGUUUGACCAGUCUGGGAAUGCGACAGAGCAUGUCUUUCGCUUUCUCAUGAGUUUGAAUGAACACGCCACAAAUGACUCUAUUUGUCUAAAGGAAUUCGGAAAGUCACUCACUGGAGCGGCUUUCACAUUGUUUGUAGGAUUAGAAGAAAACAACAUUUCAUCUUGGAAUGAGAUGCGAAAUCAAUUUAUGAAAAAGUUCUAUUACCGACAGAAGCAGCUUACCAUCUCAGAUAUUUGCAAUCACGAGUUCAAGCCCGGAGGAAAGUAUCUAGAUUUCGCCAAAAGCUUCCGAGGAGAGUGCUUACGCAGUAGUGUGAAGAUCCCCGAGAGGGAGUUGGUCAAGAUAGGUAUCAGUCGAUUACCAGCUGAACUCAGUUUUAUCCUGGCGGCUGUCAGGUUAGAGACCUUUGUAGACUUUGAAGAUGCAUGUUCUCGAGCAGACGACGCAGCAGAAUUCAAAGCGGCUGAAAUUAAACAAUGGGGACAUUCAGUGUCAUACGCCAAGGACGAAGGAACUAGCGGACAAGGGAAAAGACAAUCUAAUUUCAGAGACGGAAAGGGAUAUAAAAGGAAUACUGAGGCAAAUGAGGUGGUGGAGACUCCAGAUUUCCCAUGUCCAUUGGAGGUCGCCAUAGAACUUUUGGAGGAAUGGCGUAAAGAUGGAGACAAGACUCUCCCGUCUCCUACUAAAGAACCAACAGAACAAGACAAGCGACAUCCUAGGUACUGUCAUUUUCAUCAGAAAGUAGAGCAUGCAACAAAUAACUGCAGGACCUUCAAAUGGAAAAUCCAUAAUAGGCAUAGGAGUGGAGAAGUGGACUUUGGAACGGAGACACAUAUUCAGAAACACCCGCUACCCCGACAAGCCUGUAUGAUUACGUUUGCAGAACCUAAAGCGGCGUCAGAGGAAGUAUGUGUUGUGUCCGAGGAAGAUAACUAUGAGUACAUCGGGGCUACUGUCGCAAAAAAGCUACUUUUUGCAGCAUUCUUUGAUACACUAAACUUCACAGAGAAACAACGUCAAAUUGCUGCAAUAAUCUUGUCAAAAAUAGCGGCAAAUGACGAGGUAAGCCAAUACUUGGAUCGAAAGUACCCGUUACCUACUGAUAUCAUCACUUUCUCCGAGAAAGAUAGAAUAGCGGAUUGUGAUCAUACGAGGCCCCUUUACCUGACAGUAGGUAUCUGCAAGCAUAGGUUUAAGAGAGCUUUUAUAGACACAGGAGCAUUACUGAAUCUAAUCCCCUUACACAUUACUGAGAGUAUCGGAGUCAAAGAGGAAGAUAUCAACAAAUUUGCUACUGGAAUUCAAGGUUUUGGUGAAACAACACAACAAACAAUAGGGACCAUCAGGUUGAAAAUUCAAGUAGGACCUAUUCAAGCCAGUGAACCAUUCUACAUGAUGGACGUACACCCAGCAUACCAUCUGCUUUUGGGAAGGCCAUGGCUGCACAAGCACGGAAUUGUGCCCUCAACUUACCACCAGUGUAUCAAAUUUAUUUUGAAAGGGAAGCAGAAAAGAGUACCGGCCUCGACUGACCCUUUCGCAACCGAGGAGGCUCAUCUAACAGAGGCGGCAUUUUACAAUGGUCUAAGCGAACCAAGUGAGGUAGUCACACACAUCUACUCAGCCCCGAUACCUGACUGGAUAACCACGUAUGCAAACACAGCCGAUGACAAUCUUGUCAAACGAACACAGGUCCACAAAAAUGAACGCAUGCAGUUUCGGAAGACAACUCGCCCAGAUGGGGGGCAUGUCUACAAACGUUGA